AUGCUUUCAAGACUAGCUCGCUCUUGUGUUAAAAGGAGUAGUACUGGUGGUUUACACCAUCUACGUUACAACCAUAACAAAGUAAUUGGAAUUGAUUUAGGAACUACCAAUUCUGCUGUUGCUGUAGUUGAGAAUAACCAGCCCAAGAUCUUGGAGAAUAAAGAUGGUAAUAGAACCACACCUUCAGUUGUCGCUUUUACCAAAAAGGACCAGGAAAUCUUAGUGGGGACACCGGCAAAGAGACAAGCUGCUGUAAAUCCUCAAAACACUUUCUUUGCCACCAAGAGAUUGAUUGGUAGAAAGUUCACUGAUGAAGAAGUACAAAAGGAUUUAAAUAAUACUGCAUAUAAGAUCAUUGACCAUGAAGCCAAUGGUGAUGCCUGGUUGGAGACUACCAACGGUAGAAAGCUACCACCGUCACAGAUUAGUGGCUAUAUAUUACGCAACAUGAAGGAGAUUGCUCAGGAUCAUUUUCGGAAGGAGGGGCUGCUGGAGGCUGAAGAUAUAUCUGCUGUAGUUACUGUGCCUGCGUACUUCAACGAUUCUCAAAGGCAAGCUACAAAAGCCGCUGCUAAAAUAGUAGGGUUGAAUGUACUACGAGUUAUCAAUGAGCCAACAGCCGCUGCAUUGGCCUAUGGAAUUGAUAAGCGUCAAAAAGAUGGGGUAAUUGCCGUAUUCGAUCUUGGAGGAGGAACGUUUGAUAUAUCCAUCCUAGACAUCGAAGAUGGAGUGUUCGAAGUAAGAGCAACAAAUGGUAAUACUCAUUUAGGUGGUGAAGACUUGGACAUUAUCCUUAUGAAGAAAAUAGUCGAAUCCUUUGAGCUGGAGAAUGAGAAUUCUCUGAUCGACCUUUGGUCCGAUAGACUUGCCAUCCAAAGAAUAAGAGAGGCUGCUGAAAAAUGCAAAAUUGAGCUUUCUCAUGUCACCAGCACUGAAAUUAAUAUUCCUUUCAUAUCUGGCGAUAAACAUAUUAAAUUGACAGUAACGGAAGAAGAAUUGGAUGAAAUGGCUAAAGAUUUAAUAGAAAGGACGGUAAAUCCAGUGAAAAAAUGCAUCAGAGAUGCAGAAUUGAAGAUAAAAGAUAUAGAUGAAGUGAUCUUAGUUGGAGGGAUGACCAGGAUGCCAAAGAUUAGAAAAGUUGUUGAAGAAUUGUUUGGUAAAAAGCCAAAUACUGUAGUGAAUCCGGACGAAGCUGUGGCACUUGGUGCAUCUAUUCAAGGUGCCAUUUUAAGUGGACAAAUCCAAAAUGUUGUUCUUCUUGACGUAACACCCUUAUCUUUGGGUAUUGAAACUUACGGGGGUAUAUUCAGUCCAUUAAUUCCUAGAAAUAGUGCCGUUCCAAUCAAAAAACAAACUAUGUUCUCCACCGCUGUAGACGGUCAAACUGGGGUCGAGAUUAGAGUAUACCAAGGUGAAAGGACUUUGGUCAGAGACAAUAAGAUGAUCGGCAAUUUCCAACUUUCUGGAAUACCCAGAGCUUUAAAAGGAGAGCCACAAAUUGCUGUUUCUUUUGAGAUUGAUGCCGAUGGAAUUAUGAAUGUAAGUGCCACCGACAAAACGCCAAGGGAGGCGGUUGAUGAAGCUGAAAACAACACUGUUUCAAUUCAAGUAUCGUCCGAGACUGGUUUGACAGACGAGGAAAUCCAACGAAUGAUCGCAGAGAGUAGUGAACACUCUAAAGAAGAUGCUGAGAGGAGACAGCAUUUUGAAAACGCAAGCAGAGCUGAUAUUCUAUGCGUUGACACUGAAAAUGCUGUAGAGCAAUUUGGUGGCCUAAUGGAAGCCCAAGAAAAGGACGAAAUUAUGGCAUUGGUUAACUCUUUGAAGUCUAAAAUUAAUGACAUCAGGCAGGAUGUUAAGACAUACUCCAUUGAAGAGAUCAACGCUGAAGUUGGUGUCAUGCAGAACUUAUGCCUUGAAGCUAUAAAGAAAGUCGCUGUCAAGCAACAGCAACAAGAAAAGAAGUAG